AUGAUCUCUGUUGUUUCUUCAAUAAAUACAGCAUCUAUUGGCUCUAUUAAAUCAUUGACAGCGGCUGAUAAACUUCGUGAUCUUCUUACACAAUUAGAUCACAUUGAUUCUCCUUCACCAGCUUUUCGUCAAUUAAGUUCACCUAAAUUAUCUAAUGAUACACCAAGUUCCAAUGAUUUCUAUAUACUUCUACAAGCAGCUGAUGAGAUUAGUCAUCGACUAAAUGAUGAAAAUGAAGCAUUACGUAAUGAUCAUGCUAAACUUCGAUCGAAUAUUGUUGCUCUGGUUGAAGAAAAUAAUCGAUUACAUGAAGAAAUUCGAAGUACCUUUGUAUCAGACAUGCUUCGUUUAAUUAAUAUGGAUGAUGGAAGUCAAAUAACAGAUAAAGAGACUCGAAUAGUUGAUGUUUAUACAAGAAAAAUGCGUAGUCUAGAAGUUGAAUUGAAAGAAAUGAAAGAACAAUUAAAUAUGUAUCAAAAUCUUUGGCAUACACCAAAUGAACUAACAAAUUGUCUCAAUUGUGGAGCUCUUCUUCCAUUUGAUCGAUAUAGUAUUGAACAUAAUGAAAAAUUUGUUGAUAUGAUUACAGAAAAUGAAGCUAAUAAACGUCAAUUACAACAGAUUCAAAUGAAACUGGAAAAGACUGAAGCAAAAGAACAAGAAACAUUAGCUAAAUUACAAAAAACUCUUGUUAUAACUGAACAAUGUCAAUUUGAAAAAGCAGAAGCAGUUGUAGAACGUGAUCAAAUACAACAUGAACUUAUUGAAACCCAAAAAAGAUUAAAACUAUUAAUUAAUGAAAUAAAUGAAAAAGUAACGAAUGAAACACAAAGUAUUGAAAUAAUAUGUCAACAACAAUUAAAAGAUAAUAUUGAAAAAAUGAAGAAAAUUGAGGAUAAAUGUACACAGUAUGAAUUAAUAAUUGAUCGAUUAACUCGUGAGAAAACUUCAUUAGCUGCUGAUUUAGAUGUAUGGAAGGAACGUAUUCAACGACAAGAAAUGGAUUUAAGUCAAACAACAGAUAAUGUUAAAUUCGAAAUUCAAAAAGCAAUGCGUGAACGUGAUCAAGCUAAUACAAAUACAAUGCAGAUCCGAUCAGAUUUUGAAAAAUUCCUAUUACAAAGUAAUCAGGAUUUACUUCAACUUCGUCAUCAACUUGGUUCAACACAAAAUCGUUGUAAUGAUAUUGAAAGUGAAUUAUUAGAUUCGAAAAAACAAUGUCUCGAUUUAACCGAAGAAAUCAAUCGUUUAACACGAGAAAAUACAAUGUUAAAAAGUGUUAAACAAACUUUAGAACGGUCACGUGAAGAAAAUAUUGAUACAGUAAUGAUUAUGUUAAAUAAAUGUGAAGUAGAUUAUCGUACAACGAUUGAAAAUCUUGAACUUGAACGACAACAAUCAUUAUCUCAUCUCGAAGAUCUUGUUCAUCAUCAAAAUAUGAUACUAAGUAAAUUACGUACAUAUUCACGACAAUUAACAAAUGAAAUUGAAAAAAUACUUCAACGAAAAAAUGAAAUUGUUCAAGUAAUAACAAUUGAAAAUCAAGAAUUACGUAUGAAAUUAUCAAAUGCAUAUGAACGUCUCGAACAAAACGAUACACAAUUAUUACAACAUAGUGAUACACAUAUUAAAUUAAAACAACGUAUUAUUGAAUUAAAUAAUAAAGUCAAAGAAUAUGAAAAUAUUAUAAAUAAAAUUCAAGCACAAGAUUUAAUUAAUUAUAAACAAAAACUCGCAGUUAUAUCCCAAUAA